AUGUAUUUCAGACCUGGGUCAACCAUCACUGAUGCAGAACUAGCUUUCAGCACUACAGACAACUCAACAACUGUACCAUCAAGUAGUGAGAUUCAAACCACAAUGAUGAAUGGAGAAAUUAUGAGUGACCUGAACAUUACUGCUGGAUCUGUCAUAGUCGGUGCAGAUGAAUUUACAGAUGACCUUAGUGACUCAAAGUCCCAGGCGUUUAACAACAGGACUCAGCUUGUUCAGAAUUAUCUUCAAGCUAUCUACACGAAAUACAACUCCUUCCUAAGAGUCACCAUUAAAGGAUUCAGUACAGCUGAAACAACUACACCAGACACAACAACUGACAGCACAACCGUUAGUACAACUGAAACAACUACACCAGCCACAACAACUGAGAGCACAACUGUUAGUACAACUGAAACAACUACUCCAGCCACAACAACUGAGAGCACAACUGUUAGUACAACUGAAACAACAACUCCAGACACAACAACUGAGAGCAAAACUGUAAGUACAACUGAAACAACUACUCCAGCCACAACAACUGAGAUCACAACUGUUAGUACAGCUGACACAACUACACCAACCACAACAACUGAGAGCACAACUGUUAGUACAACUGAAACAACUACUUCAGACACUACAACUGAGAGCACAACUGUUAGUACAACUGAAACAACUACACCAGCCACAACAACUGAGAGCACAACUGUUAGUACAACUGAAACAACAACUCCAGACACAACAACUGAGAGCACAACUGUAAGUACAACUGAAACAACUACUCCAGCCACAACAACUGAGAUCACAACUGUUAGUACAGCUGAAACAACAACUCCAGCCACAACAACUGAGAGCAAAACUGUAAGUACAACUGAAACAACUACUCCAGCCACAACAACUGAGAUCACAACUGUUAGUACAGCUGACACAACUACACCAACCACAACAACCGAGAGCACAACUGUUAGUACAACUGAAACAACUACUCCAGCCACAACAACUGAGAUCACAACUGUUAGUACAGCUGACACAACUACACCAACCACAACAACCGAGAGCACAACUGUUAGUACAACUGAAACAACUACUCCAGCCACAACAACUGAGAUCACAACUGUUAGUACAGCUGACACAACUACACCAACCACAACAACCGAGAGCACAACUGUUAGUACAACUGAAACAACUACUCCAGUCACAACAACUGAGAGUACAACUGAAACAACUACUUCAGACACUACAACUGAGAGCACAACUGUUGGUACAACUGACACAACUACACCAACCACAACAACCGAGAGCACAACUGUUAGUACAACUGAAACAACUACACCAGACACAACAACUGAGAGCACAACUGUUAGUACAACUGAAACAACUACAACAGACACAACAACUGAGAGCACAACUGUUAGUACAACUGAAACAACUACACCAGCCACAACAACUGAGAGCACAACUGUUCGUACAGCUGAAACAACUACACCAGACACAACAACUGAGAGCACAACUGUUAGUACAACUGAAACAACUACACCAGCCACAACAACUGAGAGCACAACUGUUACUACAACUGAAACAACUACACCAGACACAACAACCGAGGGCACAACUGUUAGUACAACUGAAACAACUACACCAGCCACAACAACUGUUAGU